GUGUCCAACAGGGCCGACAUGGCCAUCGGCUCGCUCACCAUCAACGAAGAGAGGUCGGAGGUCGUGGAGUUUUCCGUACCGUUUGUGGAGACCGGCAUCAGCGUCAUGGUUUCCCGCAGCAAUGGCACCGUAUCACCGUCUGCGUUCCUCGAGCCCUACAGCCCAGCGGUGUGGGUGAUGAUGUUUGUGAUGUGCCUGUCGGUGGUGGCUGUCACCGUCUUCAUCUUCGAGUUCUUCAGCCCCGUGGGAUACAACCGCAGCCUGCAGAGCGCCAAGAAGUCAGGAGGAUCGAAGUUCACCAUCGGGAAGUCCGUGUGGCUGCUGUGGGCGCUGGUCUUCAACAACUCUGUGCCUGUGGAGAAUCCCAGAGGAACCACCAGCAAGAUCAUGGUGCUGGUCUGGGCUUUCUUCGCUGUCAUCUUCCUGGCGUCCUACACCGCCAACCUGGCUGCCUUCAUGAUCCAGGAGGAGUACAUCGACACGGUGUCCGGCCUGUCGGACAAGAAGUUCCAGCAGCCGACGGAGCAGUACCCGCCCCUGCGCUUCGGCACGGUGCCGAACGGCAGCACGGAGGAGAACAUCCGCUCCAACUACCCCAACAUGCACCAGUACAUGAUCCGCAACAACCAGAAGGGAGUGGAGGAGGCCAUCGAAAACCUCAAGACCGGGAAACUGGAUGCCUUCAUUUAUGACGCCGCAGUGCUGAACUACAUGGCCAGGAAGGACGAGGGCUGCAAGGUGAUGACCAUCGGCUCUGGCAAGGUGUUCGCCACCACGGGCUACGGCAUCGCGCUGAACAAGAACUCCCGCUGGAAACGACCACUGGACCUGGCUCUGCUGCAGCUGGUCGGAGACGAUGAGAUUGAUAUGUUGGAGCGUCUCUGGCUGUCGGGGAUCUGCCACAACGAUAAGAUCGAGGUGAUGAGCAGUAAACUGGACAUCGACAACAUGGCGGGGGUCUUUUACAUGCUGCUCGUGGCCAUGGGCCUCAGCCUCUUGGUUUUCGCCUGGGAGCAUCUGGUGUACUGGAAGUUACGGCACUGCGUGAAGAGAUCCGGUGGGAUGGACUUCCUUCUGGCUCUCAGCAGGGGAAUGUACAGUUGCUGCCAGUUUGAGGAUGAGACCACACCAGGAGGCAGCAAAAGCUCUUUGCCCCAGUAUCACACUGUGACCACCAUGCCUACUGCAGCUCAGCAACAUCUUGUGACAGCCACGGUAAACAACACGACGGCCAUUGCCAUGGUGCAGCAGCAGCAACAGCAGCAGAAGCACCACCAGCAGCAGCAACAAGGGCAGACCUAUACCACCAUGCUACCCGGGUCACCUCCAACUACAGGACACUCAGCGAUGGCUCUGGGUCCCUCGAACAGCCCCUUAUUGGAAGGCCCCAUGCCUUGCUCCACCUUCUUACCUCGCCAUGACCGUAGACUUGCUGUCGUGGAUCGCUGGAACAGGCCAAAGCCGGAGAAAGUAAUGACCGCAGGCAGCGGUGGUGGAGUGGGCAUUGGGGGAAUAGCAGGAGGGAUCACUGAACUCCAGGCCCAGCAGCAGUACCAGCAGAAUCUUGGACAGCACUGGAGCUUGCAAGGGGGAGUUGCAGGUGGAGCAGGGGCAGCAAGUGACACAGGGCUAGAUGAAUAUAAGCGCUACUAUGGUCCUAUAGAUCCAGAGGGGCUAGGGACUAACUCUGACCAACAGGCAGGGGGCCCCCAACAGACUCCCAAAGCUAAUCCACGAGGCCCCAAAGCCUCAGGGAUGCCACGGCUGCCUCCUAAAGGCCCCCCACAAGGCCCAACACACUUAAUCUCCAAGCCUCCUCCACCACUCCCAUCUUCUCCUCGAAGGCCUCCCUUCUGGCGACGAGGAAGCUUAGCUCAGGCAAGGAGAAAAAGCUCAGGAGGUCCACUGUAUGAGAAUAUACUCCCUCUCGGGAGGCGAGGAGGAGGCAGGUAUGGAGCAAGUGAUGGAGCUGGAAGAAGAGGCCGGCGUCCUCCACCUCCUCCUCCAUUACCUGUCCCCCUUUCCUCCCCAACACACACACCUACCACUCCCUCCUCCCCAUGCCGUUUUUACUCCUCCUGCUCCAGUGCCUCGUCCUCUUCCUCUUCCUCCACAUCAUCCUCAUCAUCUUCCUCAUCCUCUGCUUCUCUCUCCCGGUCCAAUUCUCCCUCCGUUUGCUCCAGUGACAGCUCUUACAACUCCUCACUGAGUUUCCGGUAUCGCGCAGGUGAUCGAGAUUUUACAGUGGAUGAAGAUUAUGACUCAGACCUGCUUACAGAGGAGUCCAGCCUCCUCCUGGGUUCACGGAGGAAAAUUCGUUCACGGCGCAUGUCAUCACGCUCUUUGCCAUGCAGCCCGCCACCUCCACCAAUCCCUCCACGGAAGCCACGUCCUCAGCGAGAUUAUGGCAGAGAGAGGACUGGCAGCCAGCUCGCCCAAUUACAGGAGUGGUGGGCAUCAUGGGGGGACAGGGAGAGAGGGAGGGGAGCGAUAACUAACCGGGGAGAUGGAGGAGUGGGAAGGGAAGAGAAGAGACACCACAAAGAGAGGGAGCGUGAAAGGAAGAGGAGGAAGAAGGGUCGAAAGAAGAAGAAGAGGGAGGAGAGGGAAAGAGAAAGGGAGCGAAAGCGGCGUAAAGCAAAGAAGAAGAGGAAGAAAGAUGAUAAAAUAAGGAAGAGAGAGAGAAAGAGGUCUGAGCAGGAGGGCGGAGAUCCUGAAAAAAGAGAGGAACUAAAAUCAGGGACACUAGACUACCCAUCAUACCCAUCUCUGAGAAGAGAGUCCUUUCGGAAAAAGAGUGAAAGCUCCAUCAGAAGCUAUGGAUGGAAUAUCCCAGGCGAGGAAGAGAGAAGGGAAGAGAAAGAGAGGGAUGAAGAGGACAGCAGAGGAAAGGAGAAGCACCACCGACGAAGGAACAGCAAGCACUACCAUGGCUCUAGCACUAAGCCUUCGACAUCUGUAAAGUUCUGGGGAGGGGGAAACCCAUCCUCUGACAUUAUUCCAUCUGCCUUCCUGCCUUUGUUGCCUGUCUCCUCUAAAAGGAGGAAGAGUAAAAGUUCUGACAGGGAUGCUGUAGGAAUCGAAGGGGAGAGGAGGCCUUUGUUGGGAAGGGACGGGAGAGGUGAGAUGCAUUCCAAAGAGGGGUUGUCCAUUCACGAAUGGGAGUCCGAUGGAGAGGAUGACGAAGAAGAUUCUGAGCAGGAGAGGAGGAAAUCGGGGGGGCGUGGGAAGCGGCGUGGAGGUGGAAGGACAAUGUCCGAUGAGGAGCGGGAACGUGAUAAGGUUGUUGGGAUAUAUUCUGACGAUGAUGCUUCUUCUGGAGAGUUUGGAAAGUUUGAGAGGUACUGGGAGGAUCAUGAAGGAAGGGCAGUCGGAGGGAUUGGAGGGGGAGGUUGGUUUUUCAGCACCUACCCCUCCAGGGAUAAAGCUGGCAGCAUCAACAGUAGAGAUGACCUGUUCCUGGAGCGGGGAGAGAGGUGGGGAACAGCAGAGGUUGGUUGGGGGACCAGUGGUGGAGGAGGAGGAGGAGAAGGAGGUGAAAGAAGUUGGGGAUCUGGAUCGCACUGGCCCCCUCCUCCUCUUACCCCACCACCUCCCAGGCGAUACUGGUCAGUGGAUAAACUCCACAUACAGGAUGAAAAGAAGAGUAAACGCAAGUCAAAGGACAAGGGCAGAGGGCACGCAGCUUAUUCCUCCUGUCACUCUCCCCGACAUCAUCCGCACCCCCAUUCGUCAAAAUGGGCCCGUGUUACCUCAAGAAGCCAGGAAGAGUUGUACCACCAUUGCCAGAGUUUCGGUGGCCCCCUGAAGCCCAAACAUGACUCCUCCUCAUCCUCCAAGCCAGACCGCUCACAGAAUCCAUCUAAAUCUGGCAGUCAGUCGAACCUCAUUAUCCAGCAGAGGACACAGAGAACAGACAGGGAUAGAGGAAGGCAACAGUCCCCACCCCCAACCCUCUUACCUAACUUGCCACCCCCACUCCCUGCCCUCCCAGCUCCUCCGUCCUCAUCUCACCCUAUCCAUGUUCCUCCCCCUACCUCGUCCUCUUCUGUAUCUUCUCCCUCUGUGGUCUCAUCCACCCCGGGGGCACUUCAGUCCUCCUCCAUGGCUUCGGCAAGUGCCAAACUGCAGUACCAGAGAUUGCGCUCUGUACCCCAGCCCCAGAGGUUUCCUCAGUCUCCCCACUUACCACUUAAAGCCAAGAGCCUUUGCUCCCGAAGGGGCUCGGCCCAUUUCUCCAGUGUGGAGAGUGAGGUCUGAAGUUCAACAAGGUAUUAAAAGUCAUACGAGAGCAAAACAGACACUCUGGUGAUCUGGAUCAGAAUCAGCAAACCUGGCUAUCUUGCCGAGUUGGUACAGUACACGCACUGAGCCCUUUCCUAAAGUUCUGCACAAACAAACCAGAAAGCCAAACUCACCCAAUGGGUAGGUCAAAGCAAAACAGGAGCAAUCCUGUGCUCACUGUAGUUAUCUUUCAUUCCUGUGAGUAUGUGAAAGACUUCAACCGCCGUGACAGUGUAUUCUGAACUGGGUAAAACUAAUACACUUAAAGUAACUCAGACAUUGAAGUGGUACAACUAAGAGAGAGCCCUUUGCUUUGGAUGUUGAAGCAGAGCAGUUUGUAUACAGAGGAUUCUUAAUGCUUACUGAGGGCUCAGGAACUUUGUAGUACUGUAUGCCUGCUGCUCUCGGAAGCCUUUAACACAGAACAGUGUUGUUAUUUUUUUCGCUUAAACAAAUUGCUUACCCCCACUUUCAUUUUUCCUUAACAAACUGUUUACACCCCCGCAGAACUGUGACGCCCGCCCAAGGCAUUUUUGUUUUUGUAUGAUCAACACCUUCUUGUCCAGAUGGAGAAGAGGGUGAUUACCACUUUGUCUUUUUUGUGUUACCCAUGCACGUUCUCUUCUUCUCCUCUGUUUUGUUCUCCGCUAUCCUAUGCCCUCGUUUUCUCUCCUCCCCUUACUUUCUCCGUCCUUACCUAAUUUCACACCUUAUUCACACGUCUAUCUUCUCAUCUCCUUCCCUGCUCUCCCCUCUUGGCUCCUCUCCUUGAUGUGAUUAUUCUGUGUGUCUGUGCUUUUCUGUGUUUGUAUUCUUGACGACAGGGUAAGUCAACUGUGACUGAUAUUCUACUGGCUUAAUGAAAAGCUGAGUGCCAAACCUAAGUAGAGCUCGACAUCAAUCUGUUAAACGAUAGCUGCUGUGUUUUCUUUUAUCUCGCAGAGCAAUCCGUCAUCUCCCAAAAAUGUGCACAUGCAAAUACACACAUAAAGGUGCACACACAAACUUACAUACGUGCACAACACCCACCCAUUAAGUCAACUCAUCUAUUCUAUUUCUUGAGCAAUACAUUUUUCACCCUCUGUUCACAUUUUAUACUUUAAAACUUUUGUUUGACCUCUGUGUUGUAGUUGUUGUUGUUAUUGGUGGUGUUCCAUAUAUCACGACAUGUAUUGAGUUGAUACAAUGUUAGCACUGUGCCGUACGACUCAAACUUGGGUGCACACGAAAAGUUCUCUCAACUACCUAACUACGAAAAUGGAGGCGGUGUGAGUUCCCUCCCCGUAUUUGUCUGAAUGUAAAGUCAGCCGACCACAAGCCAACAAGUGUGCUGCAACAACAAUCAAGACACUUGAAGAUGGGAAUCGUAGCAUUUCUGAAGGUUAGGAAAAGAGUUGUCUUACACAGUCGGCUGUGAACAACAGGACGCAAACCGUACAGUGUCAGUAGUGAGUGGAGGAUUAAAGCUACAGAGGGGUUAUAGUUAGAAAUACAUUUUAUAUCUGUUCGACUUCAUUGUGACUGACGCGUUCGGUGGAGCUGCAGUUGUUGGACAAGGUGUAAGAAGUUGCAGGGAAACAAAUACUUUGAGCCUUAUGCUAAUCGCUCCUGCCAUAUGGUUUGUGUAAAGUAUGACUAUGAAAGUGUGUGUUUUCAUUAUCAUUUCUGCCGUUAGCGUCACGCUAGCAAGGCAGUGUGAUCGUAUGGGAAGGACUAAGUUUGAUGCAACAUUAGAUCUCGUGUGAGUGCUGUUUUGAGACUGUGCCUGUGGUGGAUGCUAAGUAACAGAUGAGGCAGCUCAGAGAAGUAGUGCUGAAUCUGACAGACGGCGUACGAAGGCAGCAGUAGCACCCCCAUGUUUUUAAGAAGGAUUUCUCACCUUGUAAAUGCGUAACCAAGAGCUACAGCUUUUUAAUCCAUCACCGAGCUGACACCAGCAGUUACACUCCGAUGUCAAGCACUUAGCUCGAGUCCAAGUAGCCAGUUGUGACCACCAUCAUUAGAAUCCAGCAUCAGGACACUGGACGUCAGUGGAGUUUUAGUGCAGAGGCCGGAGCCACUGGCUCAAAGCUGUUUUCAGCCGCUCACAUUUCCUGAGCCAUCUUUCCCAUUAACACUGGUCAGCUCAUGUUAUUUGCCUGGAUCUGCAUCUGAGCCAUAACUUACUUCAGCCGAAGAAAACAAAAGAGAACCUUAGUUUUUAACAUAAACUUGUUGUGUAGAGUUUUGUCCGACUUUCUUUAAGAAAAAAAAUCGACAUAUAUAUAUCAUAUAUAUAUAUAUAUAUAUAUAUUUGUGGCGGUGGGUAGCGUUAGAGAAAAUUGUUGUUUAGAAUCUUGCCAUUUGGGGAUAUUGUUUCUCAUUCCAAGUACAUUACAAAUAUGAUAUAAAUAUGAUGUGUUAUGACGCAUAUUCCAUCAAAGUCACUGGCAACAGGGAAACUCUUCAGUUCAAAUGACAGAUUUUCUUUCUUCAAACAAGAUUUUACUUGUAUUGAGCCAAAACGGAGACAGGUCAGUGCUUUGCUAAUUAAAACCAAUUGUCGACAGCGUGGUCAAAUUUCUGACAAACCAGGAAGAGCGUGAAUAAGUGUGACAUGUUUCUGUUCCUUCACACCGCGAGCAACUCAAGUCUGUUGAGAACAACUAACUUUUGUAUUGAACGUGGGCCCCAGUUGAACCAUUUGGACUCGUGCCUUUCUCAGUGUCAAACCUGUUCCUGAAAAAGAAUCUGUCGACAAGUGCAAACGGCUGAUUGUAUGUUAGCGCAGCAGCUGCUAGCGGUGUGAACACAGCUCGGAGUUUCUUCAGUGAAAUUAGUCACCGAUCUCCCCGCGCCUCUUUUUCCUCAUGUCUAUCCAUUGUGUUGUGUGCGUGUCUGCAAAUGUAAAGCUGGUCUGUUUUUAAAAAAAAAGAAGAGUAUCUGUGGAUAUAUCUAUUUCAUCAAAAAAAAAAAAAGAGCAUAUCUAAAUACAUAUGAAAGUAUAUUUCAAGACGCUAAGAUCUAUGUUAUAUAAGUUUGUCUACUAAAUUUACGAUAUUAUCUCAAUGAAUAUGUCUUUUUUGUCUGUUUGUCUGUGUCUUCUUGUCUCAAACCUCCUGCCCAGCCCCCUACACCCCCCAGCGAAAUCAGAGACCAGUAUGUAACUGUGUUUUCUCUCACUUAAGACCGACCAUCCGCCUCCAUUAGCUAUCUACUGUAGCUAACGCUGAGAUUUCAACAGAGUGACAACGUGGAGGAGUGCGCGAGUGUCUUAUGACCGUGUCACUGUAGCAGUCGUGGUGUUUGUCUACACAGAGGGGCCUUUAUUUUUGGUUUGGGCUACAGAUUAAUGACUAAUUAAACUUUUAUGGAUACAGCAGCUUUUACCACAACUCUCACUUGUGUCGGGGUCGAACCCGGCGUUUAUACUGCAGUGUACAGCGACCUCUUUGAAACACAACGUAGAGAGCAGCACAGGCUUUUUGUCAUUUCUCAGUAGCUGUAUUACGAUUAAAAAAACAUGCACAGCUACCCCUGCCAACCAACCCAUAUGGUAUAUAUAAGAACUUUGAUAUACGUACAUAGUGUGUUGUAUCUGCCAAGCUGCUGUGCUGUAAAAACAAAAGAAGAAAAAAGGAAUUAUAUAAAACAAACACACAGUUUCUUUCUUAAUUUUACAAAACUGCUGAAACGAAUCAGGCACACGGGGCAGGGUUCGGUCUGCUCGCUACAGUGUGGUUGCCUCUGAGGCCAAAAAUGGCCACACCAGGGCUUUCUUUUGAUUCAACGAGUCAAACAGUCUUUCAGCUGGAACGAUUCCCGAAGGGUCAGCUGGAAUCCUCAUUGGUUAGAAGCAACACUGCCUCAGACGGGAGACCCCCCCCCCUCUGACCGACCUGCACCCUCACGUGCAUCAAUUUAAAUCAGUUGAGGCAAAAGUGAAAAGAGUUUUCCGAUCUCUGAAGCAUCAACUGGCCCCGAGCCCUGGUCCAGUUUGAGCCUGCAGUGGAAACACAUCCACAGUUUCUGCCUGUACACCUCUGUCUCAAGGCCUUGUAUUAAUACUGCUGUACUGAGUGACUGUACGGGAUGAUGGCUGGUUGUGCGACACCGUAUUGUCACCUCACACACACACACACACACACACACAGACUCACACACGUACAAACACACACACACACACAUGUACGCACGUGAUGACAAUACUGUGUUGUACCGCGACCAGGACAGAAUUAAAACG